AUGUCCCCAAACCAUCGUAUCAAGGACACUCCGAUGGACUCUGGAUAUUCGUGGAUUGUUCUCAUUGCUUCGUCUGGAAUUUACAUGCUACUUGGAGGGACAGCAAAGGCGUAUGGCGUCCUCUACACAGAGUUUCUAAUGUACUACGGGACCGGAUCCGGAAACACAGCAUGGAUAGGAAGCGUCAACUCAUUUUUAUUCUUCGCGAUGGGUCCUCUAGCAAAUCGUCUGUCAGAAGUGUUUACGUUUCGUCGUGUGAUAUUUUUCGGCAGUCUCCUAAAUGGAAUUGGGGUGUUCGCCAGCGCUUUCAUGCCUUAUAUGGAACUCCAUUAUAUAACUAUUGGUCUUUUAGCAGGUGUUGGUGGAGGGCUUGCUUUCACUCCAGCUAAUACAAUAGUGAGCUUCUAUUUUGAGAGGAGGCGAGCUUUAGCCAACAGUAUUAUGAUUUCAACAGCUGGACUUGGAAGCUUCCUUUUUCCUAUUAUGUACAGGUUUUUAAUCGAUAGAUAUGGGAUACAUGGAGCACUAAUGAUCAUUGGCGGCUUGUUAACACAUAAUUGUGCAUUUGCAUUGCUUCUGCGACAACCUUCACAGAUUAUAAAGAAGUUCAGGAAAACUGUACCUGCCGAUAAUCCCGGCAGUUUUACGAGUAAUGGACAGGAAUCUGUCACGCUAAUCGAAACGGAAGAGGAGACAAAGGAGAGCAGUUUAUCAGAAUGCAAGGAAACACACGUGAAAAUUGAACAAACUUGCAAAACAACCCGGGAAAAAAGACCUUCGUUAUCUUUUUCCACCUUAUUUAAUUUUUCUUUAUUUCGUAAUCCACGGUUUGCAAUGUAUGCCAUGGCUUAUACAGUGAAUACGUUUGCAUACAUAGGAAUAUACACCGUGUUACCGGCACAUAUCAUAUCACAUGGAUACGGUAAAGAAAAGGUCGUUUUUGCCCUGUCCAUAACAGGUGCGAUGGAAAUCAUCAGCAAACUUUUCUUUGGUUGGAUUGUAGACAUUAAGAUAAUCCCUGUGAAAAAAUUGCUGCUACUAACGUUUAUUGUGAGUGCAGUUUCAGCAAUGGUAAUACCAUUCUUUAAUAACUUCAUUGCUAUCGCGGUGUAUGCUGGGAUAGUAGGUGUGUUCCCUGGGAGUUAUUUUACUUUGAUGGCGGUCGUGUUGUUACAGUGUAUUCCUCUGACGGACCUGACCAGUGGCUUUGGUUUGACAUGUCUAUGCAUAUCAUUUGGUGCAGUUUUAUGUCAACCUAUUGCAGGCUGGAUUGAGGACGCUACAGGGACAUGGAAUACUUCCUUCUGGUUUCUAGGAGGCAUGGCGUGUUUGGCCACCCUUAUAGUACUAUUGGAACCAUUAUUUAUCAAACACUGGUUUCUGAGGGUAAAGCCCAACGACGUCGACAGCAAAGACAGUUCUGAAAUGACGUCAGACCUAAAAGAAUCUGGUACACUCGACAGGAAAUACAGCCUGGAUUUUGUAUCACAACCAGAAAAAGACUACAAUACUGCAUUAUGA